GCCAACUCUCAGAACUGGCCGGAUAGUAUAUCUCUGCUAGGCGAUGAUAGCAAAGCUUUGUUUCUGCUUGAAGCGUACCACGAAGUGCAUGGUCUUGGCAUUUUGAGAAAGGUUAUGAGUCAGAGCUUUUCAGUGGUUGAUUUCAACAAAAGCGAAUCAGCACAGGCACAUGUUGCACAUUGUUUCGAUUACUUGCUGCAAGUUGUUACGUGCAAUGCAGAUUCUCAUCCGUUAUAUACGUUUAGCGGUACCCAAGUAGGCUAUGGCCAGCAACACAAAUGUAGGGACUGGAACGCGCUGAGGGACUUCGCCACUGAACAUUCAGCCUGCUUUUUGAUAGGUUCAAAAUCAUUCGAGGAAAAUUUUGGGUUCUGGCAUGAUGGAGAUGGUUUGAUAAAUAGGACGGAGAGAAAGGAAGAUUGA